UGAGUUAGCUCGGCUGAGAGGGAGGAGUCGCGGGGCUGGAGCUGCUGCCUCAGGAUUACUACACCGCUUUACACUAAACAAGUCGAGGACGGCGGAGCAUAUGUUUGCCUUUUGUUUCCAUUCCAGCCGUUGAAUGCUCAUUUUUCUCUCAGAAAGAGGAUUUGUUUCAGGAGGAGCAGAAGGAGCCUAGCUAGCCUACUUCACGCUCAGAGCUGAAGAGAUUUGGAGCUCAGGACUUUCUAAUCUGGAGGACCACUCUGCUUUCCAGGCUUGGUGGAUCUGAGUGCUGCCAGAGAAAACAAGGAUGCUGACCAUCUGAAGCCUGGUGUUUUCUGUCAUGGUUUGGAUCCUCAAAAAAGGAUGAGAACGUUCAUUUUCUGACAACGCGCUAGCGGACAAAGGGUUCGUGGAACAGAUUUCACAGAACUCGAGCUGUUGUCUGGGUGUAGGGGAAGAAGAAGGUGUUGAGAAUGGGCCGUAAGAAGAUCCAGAUCACUCGCAUUGUUGAUGAGAGGAACAGACAGGUAACCUUCAACAAGAGGAAGUUUGGCCUGAUGAAGAAGGCCUAUGAGCUGAGUGUGCUGUGUGACUGUGAGAUAGCCCUCAUCAUCUUCAACAGCUCCAAUAAGCUCUUCCAGUACGCAAGCACAGACAUGGACAAGGUCUUGCUGAAAUACACAGAGUACAACGAGCCUCACGAGAGCAGGACCAACUCAGACAUUGUGGAGGCCCUAAAUAAGAAAGAGCAGCGAGGCUGCGAGAGCCCAGAUCCGGACACAUCCUCCUACGUCCUCACACCACACACUGAGGAGAAAUACCAGAAGAUCAAUGAGGAGUUUGACAACAUGAUGAGAAAUCAUAAACUUCCAGCUGUCCUGUCCCAGCAGAGCUUCACACUGCCUGUGGCCGUCCCCGUGGCUGACCCCAGCGCCCUCUCCUACAGCGCAGCAGGCUCACUGUCCACUCCAGCCCUGCCCUCAGCCACAGUGUCCCUAAGUGAAGCGGCCAUGCUGUCCCUGUCCUCCAGUACGCUGCACACAUCGCCCAGCACUGGGUUAGCAGGUGGUUUACAGGGUUCCUCAGACUCUACACCCAACGGUGUACACACCAGCUCAAUAGUGAAUGGCUUUGUUGGCGCUCAGGGAGAGAACAGCAUGGGCAGGGGAUUGCAGACCAAAUCUCCAGCGCCCCCUUCAGGCAGCCUUGUACCUGUGGGCCUCAAACCGGAGCUGCGGGUGCUCAUCCCACCGGCCUGUAAAGGCAACGUGCCAGCCCUGCCAGAGGAGGGAGAGGGAGAUUUGAGGAUGAACAGCCCGCAGUCUAGCCAGUCAUUGACCACACCAGUUGUGUCCAUGGCAACACCCAGCCUGCCGCCCCAGGGCUUACCAUACACAGCCAUGACCUCUGCUUACAACUCAGAUUUUUCGCUGAACAGUUCAGAGCUCAGUACCUUUAACAAUGGCUUCAACUUGCCAGAGGGCCUCACUUUGGCCUUAGGGUCGUCAUGGCAGCACAGUCAACUGGGCCAAUCAGCACCAGCUUCUCAGGGAGCCUCUCGUGCUCUAGCUCAGGUCUCCAAGCCAUCCAGCUCUUCUCCAGGUGUCGAUAUUAAAGCAGAACCUGUUUCCCCACCCCGAGAGCGUGGGACCCCCAUGGCCUUCCUCGCCCUGCCUCCACCAUUGUCCAGACUUGAGGUGGGCCGUUCUCCAGCAGAGAGCCUUAGCUCCUCCUGCAGCUCAUAUGAGGGGAGCGACCGCGAGGACCAGCGCAGAGACCACACCCACCCCAUUGUCCCGGGACAGGGAAGACCCUCGUCAGGUGCAGAGAGCAGCGGGGGGCCUUCACUCAAACGUCUGCGUACGGAUAACUGGGUGACAUAGUGCCCCCCAUGAAUGACACGUUUAAAGGAAACACAGGGAGUCCACAGAUCGUCAGUAUUUAUUGCAGUUAACGCUGCUGCCAUCGUCCAUGUGCUGUAUGUACGAGAACGUUGGGUACGUAUCAGAAAGAAGGGACGGAAGGAAAGAGCGGUAGAUUGUUUUUACAGGAGGGGACGCUGUACAGGUAUGACCGAUAAGUGAUAGUGUGCAGUGUAAGUUGAAAUAUCUGAAAGAUUAUUGUUAUCAGGAAAUAAAGAUAAGAUAUAUUUGCUGUAUUUGUAGUAUGACAUCAAUCUGAAGCCAAAAUGUUUGAUGUUUUUUAAUUGUUAUUAUUAUUAUUAUUUGGUAAUCUUUUGACUGAAAUACGAACUUGAGCCAAAUCAAUGUUCUUUUUUCCUUCAGACUCUCCUCUGUGGUGCUCUUGGACUUUUCUUCUUUGUCUUGCUGUUUUCUUCUGGGCACAAACUCAUACAUUAUUAGAACUCAGACACUGUAGUCGUGCGCCAUUCUGUAGACCUGGUUAUGCCUGUAUUAGGAACUCUCUCUAAGCUUGAUUUCUCUAUGGCCAGAAUGAAUAGGGUUUUUUUAAAAGUCGUCUCUAUCACACCCUGUGUUAAAUAAAAAUGUUCAGAACCCGA